AUGUCGUCCAUAGAUGACACAAGUGAGAUCUGCGGCCAGAAACGGCAGAAAGUUUUAGGCAGGACUAAGACAGCGCCAAUACCUAGCGUCCACACGGAAAAUCAAUCUUUUGGCGAAAUGAGCGUAAGCGGCGAUGGAAAAAUUCAACGAAGCGACGACCUGAAUAGUUUCAGAGAAAUUUCAAAUUCUGAAAGAUUGAACUCUGCUUGUUCGUUGACCAGGGUGACAACGACAAGUACUCAUAGCUCAUCUAGUCACAGCAGCAGUACAUAUCACGAGGAAAGCAACAGCUUAAUUCAGGAUGAUAAAUCUCAAGACAGUACGGAAAACAGGAAGAGUUUGGAGUUGAAUAGUGGAUGUUCUGAUAUGGUGUCCGACAUUCAGUCAACAUUCGAUCGCCUCUUAAACUCGCCGACAUGUUUAAAUCCACUUUCUGGUCCUGAUAACAUACCUUACGCAGAUGAAAGUCCAGAAAAACCUCACGGCUCACCGAGCCGACUUCGUGAUCCUAGUUGGCAUAGACGUUUCAGAAGCUCCUCCCAUGGGCAGCAUAAUCAGCAACCUUUAAAUACCUCUCUCAUCUAUGACCAGGAACAUAUAGAUCACCCAAAUCAAAAUAAAAUUCAUGAUCGUGAUAUCGUAGACUAUGCUUCUACAAGUUCGACCAUCUCCAGCCAACAAUCCUGCCACAGUGUCAGCACCCAAAGUUGUGAGAGCAAUGAUACUAUGGAUAGCUUAAGAUCAGAUCAAUCAGACUUAAAAGAAAAUGAUGAUCAUCAAAAUUUACACGACGUAUCCUCACAAAGCAUAUCAGGAUCGGAAUCUGCAACCAGUACUAAUAAAAGCAAAGAUUAUAAAAACGUUUACACAGGGAAUUUUUUAUUAAAAUCUCAAAGCAACUCUAUGAUACCUGUGAAUGUGGUCAAGCCCUUAAAUACUAACAAUACUACUUCUGACGCUAAUACUUUAUCAUAUAAUGUUUCUAAGCAAUCUACGGUCCAAGAGAACAUAUCAAAUCAGGACAGACCAACCGAAGGACCAGAAUCUAACAUAAAUCUUAAUAUAACUUCAAAUCAAGCGGGCACUUCUUUAACUUUAACAUCUGAAGGAUUAUACAAUGAUAAAUCUACAACAGUUUCAGUUAAGCCAGGGUCUUUAUUUCGUUCAGAAAGUUUGAACAAACAUGAUAGAACUCAAUCACCCAUAAACAAACUAAAAAGAUCAGAGAGUCUUAAUAAAAAGGAUGAUAUAAAACUAAAGCGAUCAGAAAGCCUUUCCAAGUCUGAAAAGACUCAAACCAAUUAUAAAACCAGAGAAAUGACACUUUCUAGUAAAAAUUGUGGUAAAAAAGAUACUAAAUUGAAGAGAAAGAAUGGUAGUCAAAAUAGAAGUAUAAACGUAGACAUACUGUUGGAGGAACUAAGGACUAUGUAA